AUGAAGAGUUUGCUCCUGACCCUCUUGCUUCUGGGGCUGGUGGCUGUUCUGAAGGCCCAGGAAGUCCCAUUGGAUAACCAGGAGGACUACUCUGGGAUCUGGUACACAAAGGCCAUAGUACACAAUGGGAGCAUAUCCAGUCACAUGAUGCCUUCAAAGGUUUUCCCUGUGGUGGUAACAGCCCUGGAAGGAGGAGACAUGGAGGCCAAGGUUACAUUCUGGAAGAAAGGGCAGUGUCAUGAGUUUAAAAUGGUGAUGAAGAAAACCGACGAGCCUGGCAGAUACACCACCUUACGCGGCAAGAGGUUCGUUUACGUUGUAGAGCUGUCAGUGAAGGACCACUACAUCUUCUACUGUGAAAGCAAUCAACGUGGGAAGUUGUUUGGCAUGGGAAAGCUCGUGGGGAGAGACCCUAAGGAAAACCCAGAGGCCAUGGAAGAAUUUAAGGAAUUCGUAAGGCACAAGAGACUCAGAGAGGAAAACAUCUUCGUACCAGAGUUGAAAGGUCUGCACAAGCCACGGCCUAGGUGUGGAGGUCGUGGUACAACUUUAUGGCAGCAACUCUCUUUCCAGUUACACGAGCCUUCUGGGGAUUGA